ACUCAAUAGAUAUAAUAUGAAUUAUAUAGAGCCUUCAAAUUUCCGUUACAGCCAGUCUGUAUGGGAAAACUUACUAAAUAUAAUCCCCCGAUACGAGCAAUUUAAAUCGCGUGCUAACUGAAUUGCUUAUCGGGUAUUUAACUGAACUAGGAGAAAGACAGUUCCCCACCCUAGAGGGGAAAUUGACAUCAUGCCGCUGGAUGGACCUGCCCUAACAUUCGGCCUCUUCUGGUAGCUUAUAAAUGGUCUUGUGUACCCCUCGUUUAUAACCUUUCGCUCGUGCUCUUUGUCUGAAUUCCUUGUUCUGAUUCUUGAUCUUGACACGUUUCAAUAAAAUACCCUUUUUCCCUACUCAAUUGCACAAAAUGGCCAGCCUCGAGCACACCAAAAAGACCUACACCCUGAACACCGGGGCCAAGAUUCCCGCCAUUGGUCUGGGAACCUGGCAAUCCAAGCCCAACGAAGUGCGCGAAGCCGUGAAGAAUGCUCUCCUGAAGGGCUACCGCCACAUUGACACCGCCCUCGCCUAUGGCAACGAAGCCGAAGUCGGCCAAGGCAUCAAGGACUCCGGCGUGCCGCGCGAGCAGAUCUGGAUCACCACUAAGCUGGACAACACCUGGCACCACCGCGUGUCCGAGGGCAUCGAGUCGUCCCUGAAGGACCUAGGCGUGGAGUACGUGGACCUCUACCUUGUGCACUGGCCCAGCAGCACCGACCCCAACGACAAGUCCAAGCACCUCCCGGACUGGGACUUCAUCAAGACCUGGCAAGAGGUGCAGAAGCUCCCCGCCACCGGCAAGGUCCGCAACAUUGGGGUCUCGAACUUCGGCAUCAAGAACCUCGAGAAGCUCCUCAACGACCCCAGCACGAAGAUCGUCCCCGCCGUCAACCAGAUCGAGCUGCACCCCAACAACCCCUCCCCCAAGCUGGUGGCCUACAAUACCUCCAAGGGCAUUCACUCGACCGGGUACUCUUGUCUCGGGUCAACCAACUCGCCUCUGUACAAGGACCCUACGCUGCUGCAGCUUGCCGAGAAGAAGGGUAAGACCCCCCAGCAGUGUCUGCUGCAGUGGGGUAUCCAGAAGGGGUGGAGUGUGAUCCCGAAGUCGGUGAGCAAGGAGCGCAUUGAUGGGAACUUUGAGCUGGAUGGAUGGAACCUGACCGAUGAGGAGGUCGCUCAGCUCGAUAACUUGAAGGAUCGGUUUAAGGUCUGCGGUGAUAGCUGGCUUCCUAUCAAGGUCUUCUUUGGUGAUGAUGAGUAGAUUUUGAUAUUGUGAUUAUAACGGCCCCAUGGCAUUUAGAGUAUAGAUAUCCCCGAAUUUGAAUUGUAUAUACAAAGUCAUCCAUAACCCCCAAUUAAUCAACAUCUUCUAGAUAGCCAAUUCAAGAUAUGCACCCCCUGUGUAUCUUUGUAUGUUAGGCUGAUAUCAACUGUUAAAUAGGAGAAUACUCACUAUCUAAAGCAUCGUGGGGAUUGUCUCGCUGAGAUGCCAUUUGUGAAAUUGGCUGAUCCGUCUGCAGUACCGCAU